AGAGGGUGUAUAAGGUAGAAGAUGGAGUACAAAUCAUAUUCUACCAAAUAUGAAAUAUAGAGAUAUGUCUAUAUAAUCUAGGAGUAUAUGCGUUUGAAUCGUCUCGCAGAAAAGAAAAGAAAAAAGCCUUUGGUCUUCGCGUAUGACGCAGAGCUCGAUCUAUUGCGUGACGGAGAAGGGCACCCGGGGAGACGACGACGGGGCGGCGACGGAGUCAGCCGGUGGCCAACCAAAGACCCAUCGGCUCCCCUAUCCGAACCUUUUUGUUCUCUUCUGUUUCGUUUCUUGCAUAAGAUUCUUUGCCGCGCGGAGACCUGUAACGAGAAUAACGGCCAGCGCGUGCGCGCGCCUGGCUCUGAUGGUUCCAUGUCGCCCCGCUCGGGCAGCUGCGUGUCUCCCGCUGGUGCUGAUACUUUGCCUCCUCUCGUGCGCCGCCGCGAGGCCUGCGCCGGCGCCGGCGCCGGUGCACGGCCGGCACCAUGGCCAAGGGUGGCACUCGUUCAAGCGGCUGCUAGACGCGCAGCGGGGGACCCGUGUGACGGGGCUCGGCGACCUGAAGCGGUACCUGGCCAUGUUCGGCUACAUGCCCAAGCAUGCCGGGCCGGAGCACGGCGGUGACCCGACGGACGCCUUCGACGAGCACCUCGAGGCCGCCGUCAAACGGUAUCAGUCCCGGCUCAGCCUGCCGGUCACCGGCCGGCUCGACGUCGUGACGCUCGACCAGAUGAUGUCCCCGCGCUGCGGCGUCCAGGACGACCACGGCGCGUCCGUCUCGCCAGAGCACGGCGGCGCGGUCAGCCGGUUCACGUUCUUCAAGGGCAAGCCGCGGUGGACGCGGCGGUCGGACCCGGUCGUGCUCACGUACGCCGUGUCGCCGACGGCCACCGUCGGCUACCUGCCGGACGACGACGUGAGGGCCGUGUUCCGGCGCGCGUUCGAGCGGUGGGCGCGGGUCAUCCCCGUGGCGUUCGUCGAGACGGACGACUACGACGAGGCCGACAUCAAGGUGGGGUUCUACGGGGGCAGCCACGGCGACGGGGUGCCCUUCGACGGGCCGCUCGGCGUGCUCGGCCACGCCUUCUCCCCCAAGAACGGGCGGCUCCACCUCGACGCCGCCGAGCGGUGGGCGGUGGACUUCGCCGGCGAAACAAAAGCCUCGGCGGCCAUCGACCUCGAGUCCGUGGCGACUCACGAGAUCGGCCACGUCCUCGGGCUCGGACACUCGACUUCGCCGCAGGCCGUCAUGUACCCGAGCAUCAAGCCGCUGGAGAAGAAGGCCGACCUCACCGUCGACGACGUCGAAGGCGUGCAGCUGCUGUACGGGUCCAACCCGGAUUUCAAGCUCAGCUCCCUCUACGACGCGACGGACACCUCCGGCUCGCCGGCGGGGAGCAGUUGGGCUGCUUCCUCUGCUAGGUUAGUUAUUUGUGCGGUCCUGGUCAUACUCGUGACGCACUUGUAGAUAGACAAAGACAUCGUUUUUAUAGGCAAAAGAUCAGAUACAGAAAAAACAAGUGUUGGGUAGUUUGAUUCUAUCUAUUAGAUAGAAGAGAAAGAAGUGUUUCUCUUCUUGCAUAGACAGUCAAAAGACGACAGCAUGAUGUAACUGUACAUAAUAUAUUCACCAAAAAUUUGAAACUCUCUACUGUUUGACUUGA